UGACUUUAUGGUGAGGCUUUCCGAGAUGUUUUAGUUAAAAACGCAGCAGGGCGCAUGGCGUCUGCAGGCGAUGAGUUGUGGUGAUGAUGCUGAAGCUUUGACCUCUACUGUUACUGCAGCCUGGAUGCGAUCGACAGGAUGCGAUGGGUAACAAAUGGAGACUUUCAAUUACAAGCUGAACACUUACCUAGAAUCAUGGAUGGGUCCCAGAGAUCAGCGGGUGCGGGGAUGGCUGCUGCUGGACAACUACCCACCAACAUUUGCACUCACAGUCAUGUACCUUCUGAUCGUGUGGAUGGGGCCCAAGUACAUGAAACACAGGCAGCCGUGCUCCUGCAGAGGCCUCCUGGUGGUCUACAAUCUGGGCCUCACGCUCUUGUCCUUCUACAUGUUCUAUGAGCUUGUUACGGCUGUGUGGUACGGUGGUUACAACUUCUACUGCCAGGACACUCACAGUUCACAGGAAGUGGAUAAUAGGAUCAUAAAUGUCCUGUGGUGGUACUAUUUCUCCAAGCUCAUUGAGUUCAUGGACACCUUUUUCUUCAUUCUCCGAAAAAACAACCACCAGAUCACCUUUCUUCACAUCUACCACCACGCUACCAUGCUGAAUAUCUGGUGGUUCGUUAUGAACUGGGUACCCUGCGGCCAUUCGUACUUCGGUGCCUCCCUUAACAGCUUCGUCCACGUCGUGAUGUAUUCUUACUAUGGCCUCUCAGCUGUCCCAGCCAUGCGGCCGUAUCUUUGGUGGAAGAAGUACAUCACACAGUUACAGCUGAUCCAAUUCUUUUUAACCAUGUGGCAGACAAUUUGUGCAGUCAUAUGGCCAUGUAACUUCCCCAUGGGAUGGCUGUACUUCCAAAUAGGUUACAUGGUCACACUCAUUAUCCUUUUCUCAAACUUCUACAUUCAGACUUACAACAAGUACAGUGUUUCUCUAAAGAAGGACCACAAGAAUGGCUCUCCUGUAUCAACAAAUGGACAUGCAAAUGGUACGCCAUCUCUGGAUAGCACCGCACAUAAGAAACUGCGGGUGGAUUGACAUUUGAGAAACCGGCGUCAACCAAUUCUCACUGUAGCGUGUUAGCUAAUGCUGCUAGGAGGUAUAUCUUCUUAUCUAGAAUAGUCUAGCGUUCACUUGAGAUGAAAUAAGCCAUAGCCACAUAUAUCCAGGCUUUCCAGUGUUUUUGCACACAAUGCUACAUAAUGCAUUGAAUUAAAUUAAAAUAGUUAAAUUGAGAAGAGUAUUGUAGUAUGGUUAAAAUUGCACAAUAUUGCCUCCCCAAACCCAGACAGGAAAUUUACUCCAAAGCAAAAAUCUCUUUCUGAGUUCAGUCAGCUGCUGAAUUUUGCUACCAGCAAACAAACAUUUUGACUCCUACAAAGAUGCUUUACACACAGAAGGUCCAAAGAUUAAAGCUCCAUUGAGUGUGCUGGCAGCCGAAGAUUUUAUUACACUCAAUGACGUCUCGGUGCAAACAACCAAGGGGACAGUUAAAAUAAAACAGUGCUUACUACUGUCCUUAAUGUGUAACUAGAGCAUGCAUCUUGUGUCUGGCUUUAUUCUACUCCUGCCUGUGCUGUUGCAUAAUACUUAAAGGGCAUGGCUGGCGAUUUUCUUUAAUUUACUUACUGUCAACAAACCAAAUAAUUAACUACAUGUAUUGUGUGUGCAUGCAAAGCCUGAUAUAUCGUUGCCCUGAGUGCUGUAAACCUCUGCUGUCCAUAAACUAAUAAUGUUCUUUAACCUUGAAGAGUAUGUGCUUGUUUAUUUGUUUAAAAAUGGCUCCAAAGAAUAAUAACAACGAUCAUGUUUUUGGUUCCUUACCAACUUGUUGUGGAACGUAUCACAACUUCUUGACUUUGUGCUCCAUGGUGAAUUUAUUGAAGAACUUCAGGACAAAGUCAAGAGGUUGUGAUUCGUAGCACAAGGAGCUAGUGAAGGUUUGUAAACAGAACCGUGCAUGCACAAUGAUGUAUGCCAUACAAGGAACUACUCUCCAGAGACUAUAAAUGUGAUUGCUGUUAUUAAUAAUAUAUAUAUAAUAUAGUCUUGGAACCCAUUUCUACACAAAUUAACGUGACCGUAAUCUUCCUGGCAAAGGAACAUGUCACCUAGUGACCCAGUGUGGCUCAAUGACAGGUUUUCAAUAGUUUUGGACAACGGAGGUCUACGGCACAGAAGAAUAAGGCACAUCAGACUUUGGAUACACAAAAAUACUUAUAAGUAGGAUGAGUUCAUUGCUGGUUUGACUCUAGAUAUUAGAUUUGUUGGCAAUAAGAAAAAUAUAGAAAAACCCACCAGCUUUAUCCUUUAAAUUUGCGCUGUAAAGUCCUGUACUGCAUUUCAUAGACAGACUGCAAUGGCAGAAGAUGCAUUUUGCUGUAUAUUUGCGGAGCAGGAUCCCCAAAUUGGAAUAUUUAGCCAUCUAGCAAAAGCAUAACCAAAGCUUAGUAUACCCCAUACGCUCGGAUUCAUAUAGAAAACAGUUUAAAAUAAACGUUCUUGAGCGCAGUAUAAACUCAGCUUUCCUAAACAUAUCCCAUGUUAGAAGAAUCAGUUUUUGUCCUUUGCAUUAUAGUUACCGUGGCUUUAUCCAGUAGCUGCAAUUAGAACUUGAAUCCACUGAGAUUAAUUAAGACGAUGCACAUUACAGUAGGUCCGCAGUGCAACUGCAACUCAUUGAUAAUUCUCUAGCUGUCAAAUUCAUUUAGUGAAUUUAAUCAUACUCUCUAAUUCAGUGAUAAAUAUGUUAAAUUCAGAUAAACCAUACUAUAUAUUUACUGUAUGAAUGAAAGCUCAUUAGAGACCUUGCAAGCAGCAGUCGACAAUACAUUCUCACCAUAAUGUCCAUUUAGUAGAUGCUCUGGAGCUAUUGAUUGUAUCACAUGGUCUUCUGUAUAACACAUGAAGAUCAUGGUGUCAAUAAAAAGCCCUUAAAAUGCUCAGAAAAUGAAAUAUCUAAAAUUCUGUGACUCAACCCCAUCUGCUGAAGAUGAUUAUGUGACAUGAUUCACAGACAGAACCGCUACGAAUGAAUGAACCUUGUGGUGAGGUUGUUAUUUAUAUUUUUGAGUCUUUACUUAAAUAUGGUGCCUUCUGGACCAGUUGAUUUGGUUUCUAAUGUAGCAUUUUCAUCUUUUCAACAUGCUAUCACCAGAUUCAUGUUGGUCCAAUUCAGACUAAUGUGUGUUCAAAUCCUGUGCCUGAAUCUUCAUUUUUCUUCUGUUUUUCUUUUCUUUUUUUGAAAUGAUCAGUAUCCUGAGUUAUCAUUCCUAACAUAUGUGAACUUUGCUAUUGACACACACUAAACACAACAGUGAUGUUGAUCUUAGAUUAAAGGAACAGCUUGACAUUUUGAGAAAUGUGCUUGUUCAGUUUCUUGGCUACUUUUUACAGUAAAAGCAUCAAAGUCAUCACAUUUUUAUGACGUUUUAUGAGAGGGAGGUUGUAGAGAUAUAGCUAUUUAUUCCAUUUACAGUACUGAUUUCCUCUUUGUUCCUCCGUUUCUAUGUUAUUUUAUUAUUAUUUUCUUUUCACCUAAAACUAUUGCAAGGGGCCUACACCAUAAAUGCUGGUAUAGAAAACAAAGCGCUUUGAAUAAUGAAGGUUGUGAAUACAACGCCCUCGCUGUGUAGCCCUGCUGCACUGAUUUAAUUUAAUGAGCUACUGUACGGCCUUAACCACUGAAUGAACAUGACACAUUGCUGAAAUGUAUAGGUGACCUACUUAUUUACAUUCAAGUUCACUGCAUCAGGAAUUACUGUUAAAAUCUGAGUAAUAUAUACAAAGGCCACAUUUUUUCUGCAUGAUGAAUCUGGUUCACAAGACCUGUUUAACAUGCAUAUACCACAUCAACUAGAAAUUGAAUUAUAGUUAAAUUUGUUAAAUUUUUUAGCCACAUGUCAUCCUUGUUACAAGGUUGAAGAUAACAGGGUUGACAUUUAAGGCUAGCAUUAGCAUUACAUUAUAUUAUUCCUGUUGGAUAAAGGCCAAGGACACAUACAGGUAUGUAAUGAGAUAUUACAUGCAUUUUAUAAAGUGUUAAAAUUAAAGAAUAUAUAUAUAUAUAUAUAUAUAUAUAUAUAUAUAUAUAUAUAUAUAUAUAUAUAUAUAUAUACAUAUAUAUAAAUAUUUUCUGAAAUCUGGGGUAAGUUGGGGUUAACAUGUUGUGACUCACGCUUUACUCGCUGUAACACAUUAAAAACAAACUGGGAUUGUAAACUUACUUGUCUUCAGACUGUUGUUUUCCUUUAUUGGAAAUUACGUAGAUGUUUCAAAUAAUGUUGCUUUAAGGAAAUAUUUAUAAUGUAAUAUUUAGAGCAACAACAGAGUAGAAUGUUUAUUGAGCCACGUAUUUGGAAUAAUUUUGCUAUGAAUAAGUGACAGAAUACAACUAAAGCCUACAGUCAUUUUGGUUUGGUUUUGUUUCUAUUGUUAAAUAUUUAAUGAUUUGUAAAAAGUUUAUUUUUACAUUUCAGUUGUGCUUUAUAAAUGUAAUAUCCAGUCAUUUUGAGCAGCCUUUUGUAUGAAUAUUUUGCUACAAAAGAUGCAAAAAUGUUACUCAUAUAAACAUAAUUUAUUGUAAAUUGAAUAAUGUAAAUUAAUGUAAACUUAAUUCAUUAAACAAGAGAAAGAUUUACUAAAAUGGUAAAAUGUCUCAUUAGCAAUUCUGACUUUUUAUGGAUAUUAACCUAUUUAACAUAAAGUAAAAUGAGUGUAUGUGAACGAUAAAAUAGAUUGGCUGUCAAUUAGUGAACCCUCUCAAUUUUUCAUCCAGCAGGAUUUAUGCAAGACUACAUUUCUACAUUUCUGAUUGCAGCAAUUGUUUUCUCAUGUUGUGCAAUAUCUCAAAUAAAUUAUGUAAGUGUGUGUACAGAGAGUAAAGUUUUAUUGAUAGUCAGUUGUUCUGGAGUUAAGCCAAUUUCAAGUAUUAAUUGAAUACAUUAAAAUGAAUGGUAUGGCAUUCUUGUUGUGAAAAGAAGGAAAAAAAGAAAAUAUUGAAGGAUACAAGACUUUGAAUUCAUUUAUAUUCUGAUAAUUUAUGAUGAAUUUCCCAAAAUGCUUUUAAUGCAUUGCUCCUAAUGCAGUGUUGCUACCAGUCCUUGUAAAACACAUCUUUUGCUGCACUGCUGUUGCAAAUAAAAAUACAUGUUCAA